AUGAUGCUGUCCUCAAACAUUAUUUCUGCUGCAUCAAGCCUAAAUUUAACUGGUGGAGAUCAAAGUCUUGGUCUUCUUUAUCCCAGAAUCCCCCUGCCAUCUUCGAGGCAAAGAAGGUUUUGUAUGGUUCCUCGAGCAUCAUCAAAGGAUGAUGUCCAAUAUAGCUUCCGAUAUCCAGUGAUGACCAAAAAGCCAAGAUGGUUAUGGAGGACACUUGCAUGCCUCCCAUACCUUAUGCCUCUACAUGAGACAUGGAUGUAUGCUGAGACAGCAUAUCAUCUUCACCCAUUUCUUGAGAACUUAGAAUUCAUGACAUACCCUUUCCUUGUGUCAAUUGGGAGUCUGCCAAGCUGGUUCCUCAUGGCUUACUUCUUUGUGGCAUAUCUUGGGAUUGUGAGGAGAAAAGAGUGGCCCCACUUCUUCAGGUUCCAUGUGGUGAUGGGCAUGUUAUUGGAGAUUUCUCUGCAGGUGAUUGGCACUGUGAGCCGUUGGAUGCCUCUAGCAAUCUACUGGGGAAAACUAGGAAUGCAUUUCUGGACUGCGGUAGCUUUUGCCUAUCUGUUCACAGUGUUGGAGUGUAUGAGGUGUGCUCUUGCUGGGAUGUAUGCGGAUGUUCCUUUCGUGUGUGAUGCUGCAUAUAUCCAAAUUCCUUAUGACUAAGGAAGAAGAUGUACACAGCAUAUUUGAAUUAGUUUUUUUAAAAGUGAUUUUGUGAAAAUCGAGAUAAAUAUAUUAGAGGAGUUUUGUUUUAGGUUGCAUGAAAUUUUUUUUAAGUGCUUUUUGAGCAUUUCUUAGCCCCCGUAGAAAAGGUU